ACAUAACACACGGCAAUACGUACUUGGUUUCUUAUUUUUGUGAUUUUUAAAAUCAAGAAAAGCACACAAACAACACGUCUUUAAUAGACCAACCAAAACCAUAUUUGGGCCCAGAAGUAACAAAACACAUCAUAUAUUUUGGUUGUUUUUUCUUCUCCCACCUCCUCCGUUUUCCUCCUCCUCCUCAGACAUGGCCGCUCUUCAAUCCGAUCAGCUCAAACAGCUCAAGGACAUCUUCAAGCGCUUCGACAUGGACGCCGACGGCAGCCUGACCCACCUGGAGCUGGCGGCGCUCCUCCGCUCUCUCGGCCUCAAGCCCACCGGUGACCAACUCUACGCUUUAUUGGGCAACAUGGACGCUAACGGAAAUGGAUUGAUCGAAUUCGACGAAUUGGUCGAUGCCAUAUUGCCGGACAUGAGUGAGGAGGUGUUGAUCAAUCAGGAGCAACUUUUGGAGGUUUUCCGAUCGUUUGACCGCGACGGCAACGGCUACAUCACUGCAGCCGAGCUGGCCGGCCAAAUGUCGAAGAUGGGUCACCCCUUGACAUACCGGGAGCUGUCAGAGAUGAUGAUUGAGGCUGAUACAAAUGGCGAUGGUGUCAUUAGCUUCAAUGAAUUUGCAUCAAUUAUGGGAAAAUCCGCCACCAAUUUCCUAGGCCUCGCAGCCUAGAUCACGGUACCGUACCUCGGAAUAUUGUAGAAUUUCUCCAUGUGUAUGUUUAAGGUUAAUGUGUUCAUAACCAUAACGAUCACAAAUUCACAGUGAUUAUGAAUGAUUAAUUUUGACUUGA